AUGGCCCAGCUUGAUACCGUGAUGGCGGCUGGGGCUGUUGUGACUUCAGGGCCUGCCGAGCCGCCGUGGCUGGGCCACACCUGGAGCCGGGGAGCUCUUGGCGAUCGCUUCGUGACUCUGACAGAGUUCGAGGCGGCCAGGGAUGCGCACUAUGGAGCCCGGGCAGCUCAGGCGAGCUAUCGAAGGAGCCGCCCCAUGGCAAGCCAGGUGCUCGUGCUGGUGAUGGCCAGUCGAUCGCUGCAGGAGCGGGUCUCGCUGCUGGAGAAGUCGUGGUCCGGGGUGGACAUGCAGCGCGUGUACCUCGUGGAUGAGUGGUUGGACACGGCGUCGCGCGAGAGGCAGUGGCGUCCGGACGUGCCGCGCAACACCGGCGGUGGUUUCGACGGCUUAGAGAGUAAUUAUUGGGAUGCCCAAAGCCGGCAGCUAGAUUUCAUGCGGAAGCACCCCAAUGUGAGCAGCGUCAGCAGCUUCGGAAGCACUGAUGCUACCAUGGCCACCCCAGAAUGGAUCAUGCUGGCAGAUGACGACACCUUCAUCCAGGUGGGGGUGUUGUUGGACUUCCUUGCAGGCCAUGAUCCCCAUGUGCCGGCAAUGUUUGGAUACAUGCUGAGUGAUGCCCAUGUCCUCGGGUAUGACUAUCCCUGCGGUGGAGCUGGCAUGUUGCUCUCUGCUGCGGCCUAUGAUGUCCUGGCCUCGCGCUUGCUGGGCCCUGAGUGCCCACUCCUGGCGUUUAAUGACCUGACGAUCGGCUUCUGUGCGCAUUCCCGUGGGGUGCCGCUCGUGCACCAUCCGGGAAUGCACUGCGCCCCGGACGUGAACAGAGCCAUGCGGCCCGGAGAGAAUUUGUUGGACAUCCAAAAAAGUGUGGCAGUGCAUCGGCUGAUCGGCUUCCAGAGCUUCCUGGACAUGAUCCACACCUUGGAGGUCUUAAAGGGCCAAUUGCAUGCGCUCACGCAGCGGCGCUGUCUGCUCGCUGCACGCUCCCCGCGGGAAAAGGAGGAGGAGACGGAUCCUUUGGAUUCUCGUCGGUUCUUUUGGUCGGUGGAGGCUUUGGCCGAUGCUGUUUUCGCUUGCAGGGCCUUUGCCCCGAAGGCCUCGCAGGAAGGGAAGAUCCACUUGGAGUUCCUCCUCUUCCAGCAGGGCCUGCCCGUGGCGCGCUACCACGAGGACCGGCACGUGCCACUCACGGCCAAGCCGGCCUCACGCAGCAAACGCUGGCCCGAGUGGCUGGAGCAGCUUCGGCACCUGCACUGCACGCAAGAGCCGCAGCUGCAGGACCCGCAGGAGUCGGAAGAGUCAGAGGAGUCGGAGUGCGGUGAGGGUGGGGAGGCUUUCGGAGAGUUCGAGGUAACCUGGCGGGCAUCCUGGACGGCUGCAGCGCCGCGGCUGGGGGAGCUGCAAAUGCAGGCGACGGGAGCUUCCGCUUUUGCAGCCUCGGCUUUGGUGGACUCCGAGGCCGUGGAGAGCAGCUUUGAAGCGCUGAAGGCCACCGGAGACUCCUGGCUGCAGGAGCUGAAGCGAGCGGCGCGGCCCUUUGUGAAAGGGAGAAAGCCCGGCCCCGGCCGGCGCUGGCUCUUCGUGGACUUCUCGCCGUCCUCGACGUUUCUGAACCUCUUCGAGUCCCUGCGAGUCCUCCGCUCCGUCUCCGGCCUCUUCUUCGAAGGCGACAGCAACAAUCCAGGCAAUCCAUACCUUCAAGACGUUCGGGGUCCUGUGGAUCUCAGUGCAGAUGCCCCACCCCCACUGGCCAUGGCCUACGAGUACUUCGAUUUGAACGUGGAGCAAGCCGCCGGGCUCUGGCUGAACGGAGUCGCGGCGCAGCGGCUCCUUCGUUGCCAGCCCCUGAAGCACCCUAUCGGCUUAGAUGCGGAAGCCCACGCCAACGACUGGCCGACCCAGGAGGAGAGGCUGUCCUUAAUGUGGCACAAUGCCGUGGCCGUGGAUGUUUUUAGGACACUCCGCUUUUGUGGGGUCCUCCUACUACAUGCCCCUGCCAUGGUUCCCCACGCGUUGUCCUACCUGCCCUAUUCCACGUACCGCCGGUCUCAUGCCCCGUCUGUGGCCACUGCCAUGUCCAUUGGGAACGUGGCAUCUCGUGAGCAGAUGAGGGCUCUGUCGCAGCUGGUCCAACGCCGCGCCUGCGCAGCCCAGCGCCGAAGCCGCGGCAGUGACAGGUCUGGUAAGCCAAGAGGACGCUGGACGCCACGAAGUCGCAUCCUGGGAGGUGACCUGGAUGUGAAUUUGACGGCGGAGGCGUGGCGCUUGCCAGGCGCGCGCUUCCUGGGCCAGUCGCUGGUGGCCUUCCGCUCCGAGCACUUCUUGCCGGAUGCCCAAGCCGCAGGCCACACGGCGGAGAGGAGCGAGCUACGCGAGCCUGAAGCGUGA